AUGAUAUUUAUUUCAUUGAUAUUAUUAUUUAUUAUUCUUAUUUUUUUUGCAUUCAAAAAAUCAAUUGUUCACUUUAUUAAAAUAUCACAAACCUACAAGAGAAUUCCAUGUUCACCAAGUAAAUUACCUAUAUUAGGAGAUAUAUUGACUUUACCAUUAAAUCCAUAUAAAUUCACGAGAAGACUUGGUGAAUUUUAUGAAUAUGCAAAAUAUAAAGAUAUGUUUUGCCUAUGGCUUGGUACACAUCCUUUACUUGUGUUUUUUCAUCCAGUUGGACUUGAACAUUUUUUUUCUGGUACAAAACAUAUCACAAAAUCAACAGAUUAUAUAUAUCUACUACCAUGGCUUCGAACUGGCUUAUUAACAAGUGCAGGAACUAAAUGGAAAAAUCGUCGACGUAUUCUAACUCCUGCAUUUCAUGAUAAAGACUUAUUAGCUAAUUCUGUUGAUAUAUUUAAUGAACAAGCAACUAUUCUAAUUCAACGUUUAGCUUCUAUGAAAUUAGAUAAAGAAGUUAAUUUAUAUUCAUAUAUUGCAUCUUGUGCUCUUGAUAUUAUAUGUGAAACUGCAAUGGGCUUAAAUAUAGGUGCACAACACCAAAACAAUUCUGAAUAUGUUGAUGCUGUUUUAAAGCUGACAGAUCUGGUAUUAAAACGUCAACGUAUGCCAUGGAUGUGGCCUGAUUUUCUGUUUAAUUUAUUACCUGAAGGUCGAGAACAUAAUCGAUGUUUAAACAUAGUUCAUCAGUUUACAAAAAAAGUUAUUGAUGAUCGUGCACAAGAUUUUCAUGCAAAUCAAAUUCAUGGAAAACGUUCUGCAUUUCUUGGUAACAAUUAUUUACUAUUCAUUUUCUAG